CAACGACAUUGCCCUCAUCAAGCUCUCGAACAGCGCUGAGCUGGGAGACAGAGUCCAGCCUGCCUGCCUCCCUCCUGCUGGUGACAUCCUGACCCAUGACACACCCUGCUACAUCACCGGGUGGGGACGUCUCUCCACGAACGGGGAACUCUCAGACAUUCUGCAGCAGGCCCUGCUGCCCGUGGUGGACUAUGAACACUGCUCCCAGCGUACCUGCAAUGACAUCGCCCUCAUCAAGCUCUCGAGCAGCGCCGAGCUGGGAGACAGAGUCCAGCCUGCCUGCCNGGACUCCCAGGGACAAACCCAGCAGUCCUCUGGCGGCCCCUCCACUUCCAAGGGCUCCUCCUUUCAGAUGCUCAUCCAGCACCUCCUGGCGUCCUGUCCCCGUGGGCUGAAGGAGGGGCACUGGACUGAUAAUGACAUCGCCCUCAUCAAGCUCUCGAGCAGCGCCAAGCUGGGAUACGCAGUCCAGCCUGCCUCCCUCCCUCCCGCUGGUGACAUCCUGGCCCAUGACACACCCUGCUACAUCACCGGCUGGGGACGUCUCUCCACCAAUGGGCAACUCCCAGACAUUCUGCAGCAGGCCCUGCUGCCCGUGGUGGACUAUGCACACUGCUCCAGGUUGCUCUGGUGGGGCUCCACUGUGAAGAAGACCAUGGUGUGUGCUGGCGGGGACAUCCGUUCCGGCUGCAAUGGUGACUCUGGAGGACCCCUCAACUGCCCUGCAGAUGAUGGCACCUGGCAGGUCCACGGUGUGACCAGCUUUGUUUCUUCCCUUGGCUGCAACACCCGCAAGAAGCCCACGGUGUUCACUCGGAUCUCAGCCUUCAUCGACUGGAUCGAGGAGACCAUAGCAAAAAACUAGAAUCAAUGUCCAGCUGGCAGUCCCGACAUCACAUCCUUUAUAAAGAAUAAAGAUCUCUCAGAAAGUGCCAA